UAACAUGUUUUGUUUUGCCCUGUGAUCUUUAUUGAAACUCAUUAGUUCUUCUGCCUUCAAAUAGCGUACCCUGUGGGGGCACUAAAGAUUCCAUUGCACAUCCUGCACAACUGAUUACCGACGUCAUCACAAGUGAAGACAUGACGUCAUCUUAAUUGGCAGCGACAUCACCUCAACUUGCUAGGUGACGUCAUUUAAAUCCGCCGGUUAAUGACGCCAUAGCGGAGGCCGCGCAGCAUUGUAGGUAAAGCAAGAUGGCAGCGCCCAGGAGGAGCGAGCGGAGCGCUUAACCUCAUCCCUGACAUCGGGACGCAGUUGCCUUUAUUUCAAUCCAAAAAAAGAAACCGAAUAAGACAGGCGGACCCCUUUCAAGUCGGCGAGCCUGGCAGCUAUACUUGCAGGAGAAACAUGCUCUUGCAAGCCGCUGCUUCUGCGUUCAUUUGCCCGAGCGGAGCCGCUUCGGGGUUGGGCCGGGCAUGGCGCCUCGGCCUCGCCUGCUGGGGCCGUCCGCUCCUCCACCAUCGGCUCCGCCCCUUCAAUUCGUGGACCCGCCCACUGCACCAGCGGGCCCGCCCAUUUCUGCAGUCACCCCGCCCCUUUCAUCAGAGGCCCCGCCCCGUCCAUCAGAAGCCCCGCCCCGACGUUGGUCCCACCUAUCGCGGGAAGAACUUGGAGGCGUCGCUGUGGAGGAGCGUGAACUUGAAUGUUCCGCGUGAUGUGAUGAUCUUCGAGCGCAGCGACGGCCGCUUGCCUCGGCUGCUGGCGCUGUUCGCAUGUAGCCAGGCGGUCUUCUGGGUCUACCUUGCGCACUUCUCCUUCGGGGCACUGACCAGCAGCUCCGAGUUGUGGCGCUACGGAUUCUCUAUGUUCUGCCUCACCGUGGGUGUGAUGAUCAUGUUGGGAUGCGUCUUCUUCUCAUCACGCUACGUGCAGCGCGUGGUCCUACUUCGUGGCGGCCGGGCACUCACGUUCCGCACCGCGGCGCCACGUUUAGGACCGCUGGGGCCUGCGCGUGCCUUCGAGGUGGCAGUGGACUCUGUAUCAUGCCCCAUCGCCGUCUCCAGCGCCACUGCAGUCCUGCCUGUGCGCGUGCGUGGACGUCGAUUCUAUUACCUCAUCGAUAAACAUGGCUCCGUGCCAAACCGGUCACUCUUUGAUGCCACUCUUGGCACAUUCCGCCAUUUCUGAUGGCCGCCCUGGCAAGGGAUAAGUGUGGCGAGUUUUACGAGAGGAAGCAAUGACACCCGAUUGGAGAAUCAGCACUGGGUCGAACUCGUCCGAAUCCUUUCUGUCGGCCUCAUCCUAACUCUCAAGUUCUAAUCAUAAUUUUAGAUAUAAUCCUAACUUAUCCUAUCCCUAGUGCUGACCUAACUCGUACUCUAAAACAUUCUCUAGCUCAGGGCUUUUCAAACUUAAGUCCUCGCAUCCUCCCAAAGUAUACCUUUACAUGUUUACCAGUCUUCCCUGUUCACAAAGAAAUCAAUUUUACACACUUCAUAUGCCUGAUUAGUAAACACAUCUCAUGAAACGUGGAGUACUGAUUCAUAUUCAGAUAUUGUUUGUGUUUGUCCUUUGUGAAGUAAAUACAGGACUGCUAAUGCAAGACAAAGCACUUGCACCAUAUAUUGACUUGAUCGGAGAAAACUGGUAAAGAUGGGGCAUAAAAAAACGAGUUCAGAAAACUGCCCAGACUCUAAACCUUGUAUCCUCUUUAACCAAAGCACUAAUCUUAACCCUAACAUAUAGCUUUAACUUAAUCAUAUUCUGAAACACUCAACCUAAAAAUACAACUAAUUAUUAAUUUCUAGAUGUUUAUCUAAGGCUCCCAGAAAGAAGCUUGAAGAUGCUACCGAGGAAGUAAACUUGCGUAAAAGGUUGACAUUGGAAGAGUGCCACAAUGGCACCAGAGUGCUGUCAUUGCGCGUGUCGUCACCAGGAUACUGAUGUUCGUGAUUAUAUUACAACAAACCUCUGGAAAAAUGUUUUUCCUGAUAUCACCCAACAAUUGCAGUGGAAGGUUGUUUAAUUAACAGGGUUACUGGAAAAUAGGUAAAAAAGUAUAAAAGCGUUAACAUUUCUAAUAGGGUGCACAGAUACAACUAUUGAAAACAGAUAUUGAAAAACAGGAUAGAUUGAAAAAUAUUGCUGACUCAAAUAAAGCAGAAGAUAGUCAAUUUAAGAGGUGAAAGUUACAGUCGUGUUUCUGAGUGCCUCCUGUCUCGCCAUAUCUUGAAUGCCAGGUUGCGAGUGGCGCUGAGACAACAGCUAGCAAGAGGAUGAGAGGAGCGCCAUGUUGCUAAGGCGACCGAGUCACUUGGUGAAUACCGCAAACACGUAAUAGGCAAAGCAUGUAAUAGGGGAGCAUCCCAGCGAACAAUGUCAAUCCUACACCAAAAAAUGUGACAAAGUAUCCCAAGGAAGACCUGCAAAAACCUUAAGACUCGGUUGGAGGUUUUCCUGUUUAAUAAUAUUAAUAAGAAAGUGAAGUAUUGUUGCACUGAUGCAAGUUUUGCUGUCAAACGCUUUACACAACUGAAGUUUGUUUUAUUUUUAAUUAUUGUAAUAUAAGGGCAUUUGGGGCGUUCUUCCACGUCUCCAAAAUAUGGGAAAUAUGUUUAAAAAAGCAACGUCGUUUAAUAUAGUUUUUCUUCAAAUUA